UGAUACUGAAAAGUAAACAAUAUGUUCGAAAAUAUACCAUUGGAAUUAAUUCAGUACAAUGCUAUUCAAGAUGGACACACAAAACUGUCUUUAGGGCCGUAGGAAUAGCCACCUGCGGGCUAUUUCACUAUUCUUACUUUCAACAGACGAAUUUCAAGAAAGCGUCUACAAGUAGACAAGCAAUCAGUUUCCAAGCGUCUGUCCGAAAAAAAAAUACAGGAAAGAUCUCCCCAACUGGUGCCCAAGACUAUGUAAGGCUGUGAGCUUGUUUUGUGUUGGUACUUCAAACAUUUGCAGAGAUGAGGAAAAUGCUUCCAGGUAUAGGAGUAUUUGGAACUUCUCCAAGCAUAAGAACAUUUGUGGCCAUCCUUAAUUCCUGUGGAUUUAGAGUUGUUGCAUUAUGGGGUCGGGUAAAGGCGGAGGCAGAGCAGUUAGCAGUGGAGCUCAAUAUCCCUGUCAGCACCGACAAUGUAGAUGAAAUUCUACUGAACAAGGACGUUGAUGUGAUUGUAAUUAGCUGUCCACCUCAUAUGCAGUCACCUAUAGCAGUUAAAGCUCUGGGCAUUGGGAAGCAUGUGUUGUGCGGUACACCAGCAGGACCCACUCAGGUUGAAUCUCUUAAAAUGGUACACGCGGCAGGAUAUUAUCCAAAACUCGCAGCCAGAAUGAUUUAUGGUCUCCGCUUUCUUCCAACUAUAAACACUAUGAAGCAAUUAAUUGAGGAAGGUUUCUUAGGCGAGUUAAAAAUUUGCGAGAUCAGGGUUCAUUUCUGGAACUAUCCGAAAGAAAAGUUUGAUUGGACUUGUGACGAGAUAAUGGGAGGAGGGGUUUUGAAUUCUAUAGGAAGUAAUCUCAUUGAUAUAGUCACCUAUCUUACCUCACAGAAAGCCAUUAGUGUUCAUGGUAUGUUGAAAACUUACACAAAACAAACAGAGAAGAUCAAUGGUAUAAGGGAGAUAACUAGUGACGAUUUCUGUUCGUUUCAGUUAGAGCUGGAUUAUGGGGCUUGUGCAACUGUGACGAUCAAUUCCCACAUGCCGGGACAGUUUUAUCAGGAAAUCACUGUUGUAGGAACAAAAGCAAGACUUACUGCGAAGGGCGCCGAUCUGUACGGACAGAAAAAUGACUCUAGAAAAGAAGAACUUUUACAUUUCGAUCCAAUUAAUUUUAAGGAAGAAGAACGGUAUGGUGUCUCUGAGAAGACGAGGUCAGUAAUACCAACGCCGUACCUGAAGGGAAUCAUCCGUAUGAUGGAGAAUGUUAAAGAAGCUUUUGAUAAGGAGGAAGAAAGACAAAGUUACUGUCAGGAAAUGUUGGAAAAUGCGGCAACAUUUGAAGAUUCUUUGUACGUCCAAACUGUAAUAGAUGCAAUUAAAGCGUCCAAUCAUACAAAAGAGUGGGAGAAGGUGGAGGUGAAGAACGAUGAGCCAGCUCCAAGUCCAAUUCUGCCACACGGUGCCAGCAAAACAUAAACUUCAUAACACUAGUAGAACCUACAGUAUUUAUUGUAUGAACUAUCAGGGCCUCCGCUGUCG